AUGAUAAGCUUAUUUGAACUUGGAUUCUAUAAACAAGCAAAUGAAUGCUUUUAAAAAAUAACUGUAGAAAGGGUAAAUAUUAAAGGAAAUAAAAUUGAUUCUAUUGAUGUUUUGACGAUGGCUUUUAAUCAAUAUUAAGUAUUUUAUAUGGAUACCACAUAAUCUGAAAUACAAAAUGAAGAUCUUUUGAAAAUAUGUGAGGAAUAUAAAGAAUAACAUUAAAAACAAGAAUCAUAUGAGGAAGGAUUUUAUUUGUUAGGAAAAGGAAUUUAUAAAUUUAUUAAGUUCCAUAGAGAAUAAAUGGAUUAGUUUGAUGGAAAUGACCUAGAAGUAGCUUAUUAGUUAUUAGAAGAGUAUAGAUAAGAUAUUAUAAGCAUUUUAGCAUGGUGUUAUUACAGUGAAGAUAAAAUAGACGAAUCUAAUAAGUGGGGCUUACUUUUAUACAAUAUAAAUCCAAAGUAUCCAAGUAUUUGUUAUUUAUUGGCAUAUAAUUCUCAAAAUAAAUAAUAGAAAGAACUUGCUUAAAAAUUCUAUUUAGAAUCUGAGUUAUACUGCCCAAAUAGUUAUAAAGUUCUUUUUAAUUUGGCUUAUUACUAUGAAUCAAUAAAUGAUACCUAAAAAUCAGUAGAAUAUUACGAAAGGGCAUUUUAAGCUUAACCUAGGUAAGCUAUCUGCUGUUAUAAAUAUGCUAGCUACAAAUACAAAGAAGAUAAAGCAAAAGAAGCUUAUGAAAUUUUACUAGAAGGUAUAAAAUUAGAUCCAUAAGUUACUGAAAAUUACGUUCUACUUGCUUAAAUAGCUUUUAAUGAAAAUAAUAUCGAUAUUGCAAAAGAAUAUUUGUUAAAAUGUAUAGAGAUUAGUCCAUAGAAUGGGAAUUAUUAUUACAUGUUAGGAGAUUAUUAUUUUAGUAAUGAAUUGUAUUUUGAAGCUAUUAGUUAUUAUAACAGAUGUAUAGAAAAUAAUAACUAUAAAAUUAAAAAAAUAUAUUCUUUUGCAAGGAUAGGUUAUAGCUAAUUUAUGAUAAGUAAUUAUAGCUAAUCUCUAGAAGAAUAUUUUAAUGCUUGCAAUCUAAUUAUUCACUCAUUUGACUAUGAAGGCAUCUAUAAAAGCAUAGAAAAUAUAAUUAAUAGAGAUUUUGUUAGUUUAAAAGAAAUUUUAAAUUUAAUAAAUAAAUAAUCACAUUUGUGCAUAUAAAAAUUCUAACAAAUAUCGAAGAAUAUUUAAAAUAGUAAUAUUAAAUCUCUUUUCUAAUAUAAAUUAGAUAUUCUAAGAGAAUGCUUAAUGUUAAAGGUUUAUAAAUAGCAUAUCUCAAAUGAUUUAACAUUUUAACAAAAGUAUUAACAUAUAGAUCUAUAUUAUGAUUGA